GCAUUGUCCUACUUGAGAGACCCAGGAAGGAUCGAUGACCUAAAGAAAGAUUUUGACAAAGCAUUGACAUCGUUUCAGGGCGAACCUAAUAAGCGGGGCCAAAUUAGCGGCCAUAGAACGUCGACUACAGGAUGACAAAAUUCUGGAUAGUCUCCGAUUCCCUCAUAUUGCCCACGAUGAUUCGACUCAGGCAUGCCUAGAUGGCACUAGGGUGGAUCUCGCUGAGCAUAUUAUGACAUGGUGCCGCAAUGCUAGGGAGAGUGAGAACCGGCUAAUGCUACUGACAGCUGUGGCGGGUGCCGGAAAGACUUCGAUUACACUCACGAUAGCAGAACGGUGUACGAGUGAAGAGGACGUUACCCUGUUACUGCACUUCUUCUUUAAAGCUGGCGAACGGUCACGGCCCGAUUCUCUAUUCAGUGGCAUAGCUCGGGCUUUAGCAGAACACGACCCGGUUUACCGCACUUUCAUUAUCUCUGCUCUUCGAAAAGACUCUUCCCUCUCAACAGCUCCACUUGCGAAGCAAUUCAGGGAUUUGGUGGCUUCGCCUCUCCUCCACAAACCUCCACCUCCCAGCCAUCCGAUGGUGGUCAUCAUCGAUGCUUUAGACGAGUGUGACAAAGAAGCGUUUGAGCGCCUUGCCGAAAUACUUGGGGAGGAAGUGCCCAAGCUACCAUCUUCCAUUAAAUUCUUUAUCACAUCGAGACAAUUUGAUCUCGUGAAUCGCUUCCUCUCCCCCAAUUACCCUAUCGAUCGUCUCACUAUUGAUCUUUCGGAUGAGACAAACAUGCAGGACUGCGCUGCAUACAUACGUUCUCAGCUUCAAAAGCUGAGGAAAGUACAUCCGGAUUUACGCCAUAAUCUUCAGGAUGAAGAUAAAUCGGUACAAGAGAUCUCAGAACGUGCAAAUGGCUUGUUUAUCUGGAUCAGCACCAUCUUUCGCUACAUGAAGACGACCAGCGAGGAUCCUAUGGUGACACUAAAGAGCCUGCUUGACACCAGUACCAAACGAUCAAAGGUCCCCGCUGAGGAAAUGAUGGAUCGCUUGUACACAAACAUUCUGAAGAGGUGUAAUUGGAAGAUUGAAGGUUUUGCGCAUGACUACCCGAUUGUGAUGGGAGCAAUCUUCAUUGCACAGCGGCCUCUGUCCAUCGCAAGCUGGGAUAGGAUUUUGUUACCUUUUUUGAAAUCCUCUGUUCGAUAUACGUUAGCCGAACUUGCACCUCUCCUCUCGGGGGUUGAGGACCCUCACAUUCCGAUUCGCAUCCUACAUCAAUCCUUCCGCGACUUUAUUCUGGAUCGAAUCGACCCCCGAUCAAUCGGCCUUGGUUGCAGUUCAAUAGAUGUGAAGACCGAGAAUGCCAGGGUUGCCCUGCGAUGUACCGAGAUUCUCAACCAGGAUCUUUCCACUGUAAAGGGCUUAGGACUGAUUGAAAAUUUGUCUGAAAAAGAUGAAAUGCCGCGCAUUCCUCCAGAGGAGCUAUCUGAGCACUUUCACUAUGCAUGUCGCUAUCUUGUCCAUCACCUCAGCGGAGUCCAGGAACCGGAGGAGGGGCUUUCUGGGUUAGUUGCCGCAUUUCUCAGUCAGGAGGCAACUCGCUGGGUGGAAGUCUGUGUGAGAAUGGAGGGCUACAUUCGUAUCUCGUCACUACCUAAGUGGGCUAAGUCAGCUGUUGAGCACCGGUCCAAGGAUGCUAUCUGUGCAUUGGCCAAUGAGCUUAUCCAGCUUGUGGGGAAUUUGUUUUUUUUUUUAAGAUUCCAUGAGGCUUAUGAAGCAGCGAACGAUUCCGUUAUGCUCUGCCGUGACCUUGUUUCUCUGGAUGCAGGGACCUACACCUUGGAUUUGGCCAAGUCACUCAACAGUCUAUGUCGCACUCUUUCCAAUCUUGGGCGGCACUCGGAGGCGCUCCCAUCUAUUGAAGAAAGUGUCAAACUCUACCGCCAGCUAGUUGCUGUUCACCCAGGAUCAUACACCCCAGAUUUGGCGAUGUCACUCAAUAAUCUGUGUAUUGCUCUUUCCAGUCUUGGAUGGCACUCAGAAGCACUCCCAUUCAUUGAAGAGAGUGUCAAGCUCCGGCGCCAGCUAGUUGCUGUUCACCCAGGAUCAUACACCCCGAAUCUGGCCGGAUCACUCAACAAUCUAUAUGUCAUUCUUUCCGAUCUCAGACAGCACUCGGAGGCACUCCCAUUCAUUGAAGAAAGCGUCAAACUCCACCGGCAACUAGUUGCCGUUCAUCCAGGAUCAUACACCCCGGAUUUGGCUAUGUCACUCAAUAAUCUAUGUAUUGCUCUUUCCAAUCUUGGACGGCACUCAGAGGCACUCCCAUUCAUUGAAGAGAGUGUCAAACUCUACCGCCAGCUAGUCGUCGUCCACCCAGGAUCAUACACCCCGAAUUUGGCCAUGUCACUCAGCAACCUAUGCAACGCUCUUUCCAAGCUGGGACGGGACUCAGAGGCGCUCCCAGUCAUUGAAGAAAGUGUCAAACUCCGACGCCAGCUAGUUGCUGUUCACCCAGGAUCAUACACCCCAGGUUUGGCCAGGUCACUCAACAAACUCUUUCCAGUCUCGGACGGCACUCGGAGGCACUCCUAUCCAUUGAAGAAUGUGUCCAAAUCCGGCGCCAGCUAGUUGCUGUCAACCCAGGAGCACAUGCCCCAGAAUUGGCCGAGUCACUCAACGAUCUACGUUCCGCGCUCUCCGAUCUCGGGCGUCAUUCCGAUGCACUAAUGGUCCACGAUUGAGUGGCCUAGGUUCUCUGGUCUUCCCCAUUCCGCUUAUCAUUGCCAUUUCCCGUGGGCCAC